UGAUGUCAUGUCAAAUAGCAAAAAAAAGCGUCGCAAGUUGUUCGUCCACAACGUGUGUGUAUACUUUAUAUAUUUCACAGACAAAUUCUGCAUUGUUAUUUCUUUUCCACGUGUCGUUUUGAGAAAUAAGAAAAAGUAAGAUUUGACCGAAAUAUGGGGUCAAAGAAACAUAAGAAAGAGUCCAAAAAGAAGAAGCACCGUAGUCGUUCUCGAUCUCCUUUGGAAGGUGAAGAGCGGGAAAGGAAAAGACACAGAAAACACAAAGAUCGCAAAAGAGAUCGCUCUCCUGACGUCGAAGAGGUGCCAGUAGACUCUCAUCUGCAGCAGCAUGACGAUGGCGCUCCACUCGCCCGCAGUCCCGCAAGCGAACGAGAUCGCCGUGCGCGGGAACUGAGAGUGCGGGACGAACCUUCACACAGCGAAAGAAGUAAACGCACUCGCGACCGCUCGCCGUCGCCGGCGGCGAGCGGCGCGGCGCAGGAGAGCCUGUCCGUCGAGGAGACCAACCGUCUGCGCGCUAAGCUCGGCCUCAAGCCGCUAGAGGCCGCUGAAGCGCCCGCUGACGAUGGCAAGUUCAAAGAUGACUUGGGCGAGUUCUACCACAAGCCGGCCGUCAACAUCUCAGAACAGAAAAAGUCUGAGAAGAUGCGUGAGAAACUUGAACAACGGCGAGAGAAACGCAAGAUGGAACAAAAGUUGCAGACGACGCUGCUGGCGGACGAGCCGGAGGAGGACGAUGCGCUGGCCUGGGUGAGGAAGUCGCGCGACAUCGAGCGGCAGAAGAGAGAGGCUGCCAAGCGGGCGGCGAUGUUAGACGAAUUGGACGAAGAGUUCGGUGUGUCCGCUCUCGUAGCGGAAGAGCAGAAACAAGACCGCGCGGAGAGCUACGCUGCCAGACAUCUGCGUGGGCUGCGGGUCGCGCAUGACAUUGCUGCGCUGGGUGACGAACGCGAAGUUGUAUUGACAUUGGCUGACAAAGACGUGUUGGCGGAAGACAGUGAAGAUGUGCUGGUGAACGUCAACAUGGUUGACGACGAAAAGUACAAGAAGAACAUAGAAGACCGCAAGAAAGCUAAAUCCGGCUACCAGGCGUACGACGACGAGGCCGAUCUAGAAGCGGCCGCACUCGGGUUUUCUCGGCCCGUGCUCGGCAAAUACGACGAGGAAAUAAACCCUGGGGACACUAGCAAGAAGAAAGGGUUCCGUAUCGGAGACGAGGACGCGUUAGAAGCUGAGAGGUUCAAGGAAAUGAUGCGUCGCGAGCGCAUGCAGGGCGGCAUAGAGAAGCGGCUGGAGUCGCUGCGGCUGCCGGAGCUGCGGCUGGCGGCCGACUACAUGAACGAAGCCGAGAUACAGGCCAAGUUCAAGAAGCCCAAAAGAAAGGGCAAGAUGCGCAAGAAACCCAAGGAAGAGCCGAUAGACGUGGAUGACUACGAUGCUGGCAUGGCGCCGCUAGACACAGACGAUACAGAUGUGAAGCCGGAACAACUCCAAGCGUUGCCAGAAGACGACCACGAGACGGAACCGGACACAGAACUCCAGGCUGCCAUCGCCCGUGCUCGCCGUUUACGACAGGAGACCGCGCCUAAAAUACCUAAGAUGGAGGAAAUCCUGGAGCAGGUGAAGGAAGAGCCCCCGGACCCGGCGCAGCCGUCGAUGGUGCUGGACGCGACCGCGGAGUUCUGUCGCACGCUCGGCGACAUACCCACCUACGGCCUCGCCGGCAACAGGGACCAGCAUCUGGACAUCAUGGAUUUCGAGCGCGACGACCCGGAUCAAGACAUCGCGGAGCCAAGUCCAGCGGGCGCGUGGAGCGCGGUGGACCCGGCGGCGGGCGCCGCGGCCGCUGCGGCUGACUUCGAGCCGCUCGGGGCGGAGCCAGCGCUGGGCCACGGCGUGGCGGGCGCGCUGCAGCUCGCGCUCAGCAAGGGUUACCUGGAGCGCAGUGGACAAACACCGGCGCCGCGGCCCGCCAACCACCAUUUGCUGGCCGCGAGACACUACUCCAUUGAAGACAAAACUGCCGGCGAGGACGACAAAUACGGUCGCCGCGAGCGCGGCGGCUACUCGGGCCCGCUGCAAGAGUUCCGCGAGAAGCCGGGCUUCAAGCCCAACAUCAAGCUGGAGUACGUCGACGACGACGGCCGCCCGCUCUGCCCCAAGGAGGCCUUCCGCUACCUCUCGCACAAGUUCCACGGCAAGGGGCCCGGCAAGAACAAGCAGGAGAAACGCAUCAAGAAGGUCGUCCAGGAGGGGCUGAUGAAGAAAAUGAGUUCAACAGAUACUCCCCUCGGCACUCUGCAGAUGUUGCAGGAAAAGCAACGCGAAACCAAAUCUGCCUACGUCGUUCUGAGCGGAGCCAAGCGUGACAACAACAACUGAUAUACUCAAUAACAAUCGCAGAAUACAUAGAUACAAAGUGUGUGACGCUUCAUUUGUCACUUACUACAUGUAUCUUUACCAAAAACGCCAUAAUAAUAGUUGACACAGAUUUUUAGUAACAGGUUUAUGAAUUUUGGACAGCAUCCGCCCGUUUAGUUUGAAAAUAAAUUGAUGAUCAC